GUCUUCAUUAUUAAGCCGCUCUCAGCAGAUUCACCUGAACUCUGAUCUAAAAACAUAUUUGAUGCAAAACUGCAGUGGUGAGCCUUGCAUGUUGAGUGCAAGGGAGUGGGUUAAAGACCACGCAGCUGCUUACAUUGACAAAGAGAUUUCAGCUUCCCCAGUGACACCAUUAAAUGCCACGCAGUCAGAAAACAUCACGUUCACUCGAUUGUGGAUCUAUAGUCAUCACAUUUACAACAAGCAAAAAAGAAAGAAUAUUAUUGACUGGUCCAAGGAGCUCUCUCUGUCAGGAUUUUGCAUGCCAGGGAAACCAGGUGUUGUUUGUGUAGAAGGUCUGCAAAGUAGUUGUGAAGAGUUCUGGUCAAGAGUAAGAAGAUUAACGUGGAAAAGAAUUCUCAUUCGGCACAGAGAAGAUGUUUCUUUGGAAGGUGGAGGACAUGCUGAGAUUCAGAAACAAAGAAAGUUCUCCACUUUGGAAGAAAAAUGUUUUGAUGCACAUGGUGCCAGAGGAAAUCAUAUGGAUUUAGGGCAGCUAUAUCACUUUUUAGAAGAAAAAGGGUGUGCUGACAUUUUUCAAAUGUACUUUGGGGUUGAAGGGCAUUGAAGGAGUUGAAGAUCACCAGAGGUCCAAGUGCCUGCAGUUGUAAGUUAAUCCUCUUAACAGGUUCCUUAGCUGUUCUGCAGCAGUUGAUCAGAGAGGAAAUCAAUAAUUUCUGGUUUAUAGGAUGAAUUCAGUUUUCAAUGAAAACAAAUGUUCAGUGAAAUCCUGAAUAAUGAAAAUGACUAAAUUAAAG